AUGAGACCUAAGGCCAGUGAGAAGACCAACGUGGCUGUCAAGAAGCCCUCCAAGAGCGUAGGGGAGAUGCUCUCCGAGGAGUCUGUCGGGAAGCCUGACAUGACGGGCCAAGUGACCAAGACUCCCGGAACUGAGUCGGCUCCGCCCAGAACUAAGGAAGUAAACGGACGGCGUUUUACUUUUCGCUUGUUCGAUAGCAAUGGCUUCAUGCUUCCUGCAGAUAUGCAUUGGACCGACGAAGACGGGAGCUCCGAGGCGUGGUGGGAAAAGAAGUCGCUUCUACGUGAUUGGAUCUAUGGUCGCAUGUCUCCCGAAGAAUUCGACACCCGCUUUCCUUAUUACUCGCAUGCGAUGCCGCAGGAAGAACAAGAACCCUCUGGGCCCAAGGAAAGCGAUGAGCUCUGCACUCAGCGUUAUGCUAACUACUACGGUGAUGGUAGUGGUCUCCCACUUCGACCGGGUAUGGGCCCUAUGACCGACGAGCAGAAACAGGAGAUUUCUGAUAUCCGAUCUCCGCAUCCUCCUGAAUCCGAUGAAGACUGGACCGAAGAAGAAUUCCAUCGUAUGGCACAGGAUGAUACCGAGACGAUGCUGCUCAAUGAAUACUAUGCUUGCCUCCAUGGGGAUGAUGGUGAAACUCAGCUUCAGCCAAGCAAGGAACCCUCCAAGACCGAGGAAGGUUUCGUGGAAGACCCAAUGAAGGAGGACAACAAAGAAAAGCCCCGCUACGCCCAGCGCAACGGUGAUGGCAGCGGCCUCCCACUUCGGCCCGGUAUGGGGCCCCCUUUGACUGAGGAGGAGUACCUGGAGUCCUGGCAGAAGCGAAAAGAGCAAUUUGAGUCUCACUGGAAACUGACCGAUGAGGAACAGAAGUUGUUGAAGAAAUGGCGGGCUAAAGCAGACAAUAUUUUCGACAUGUCUGAUAAGGAGUUCAAUGCUGAGUUUCCGGAAUACGAUGACAAGUCGGAAUGCUUUUGUACCGAGGUUGAAGUAUUGAGUCUCAUGGAGAACUGUGAUGAAGCUCAUGGCCGCAGAAGAGAAGAAAUGAUUCGUAAAUCGAAGGAAUCCAGCAAAGCAUGCCCUGAAGACCAACUGUAA